AACAAAAAUCACAAUCAUAGAACGAAGAGGAAAGAAGAAAUCCUGAAACUUCUCAAACUCUCUCUCUAGAAGAAAUCCUGAAACUCUCUCUCUCUCUCUCUCUCUCUCUCUACCUACCGAAAUUCAAAAGUUUAGGGUUUUGUAAAUUUCCUUCAAAAGUAUACAUUGCUUUCGCAGAAAUUUAGACCCCUUUCUCGACCGUUUGUGAAAACCUAACCUUUGACUUAGAUCUCUCUAUACUCUAUAAGUUUGUAUAUACCGUCAUUGAUUUCAAAUUCAUACACCUCAAUUUGCUUACUUUCUUUCAAAAUUAAUUUCUUUUAGGAUUUUUUAUUUUUUUUUAGAUUUUGAUGAUUUGUUCUGUGUAAAAAUCAGAGAUUUAGGGUUUCGGUAAAAAAUUCAUUUAAUUGUUGUACGCUAAUUCAGAUCUGAAGCUCAAAAUUUGAGGUCUGUGUAUCGUAGAUCAUGACGGUCCCUACAAUAGCGCUGUAUGCUAGCCCGCCGAGCAGUGUGUGUUCGACCACACACCAUUGCCAAAUCAAUUCACAUGCGUCGUACGAUUUCGAUCUGAACGGCCGGUCUUCUUCCUCGUCGUCUUCCACCGCUUCACCGUCCCAAAAGCCAAUUGUGGGUGGCCUUUCUUGCCUAUUUGCAUCGCCGCCCGUCAAGCACGCCUCGUCAUCCAGCUAUUCCGGUGGCGGCGAGGAGUUGGGGUCGUUGUGGCACGAUAGAGGCGAGGAUUUGGGCAGUUCGUUUUGCUACUCGCAGUAUCCUUCUUUGGGCUCCUCGCUGAAAAGAGAUCAGAGCCCGGUAUCGGUGUUGCAAGGCCCUGUUUCGUGUAGCAGUAGUGGGGUUGGUUCGUCGAGAAGUCCACCAAAGAGAAUUGUGCGCGAAAGGAGCAGUGGGGAUUUGAAUCUUCUCCAGGGUUCGUUUCGGGCGGGCACUAGUGGAUUGUUUAAUGGGUUUGUUCGGCACGCACUGGGGUCUUGUAUUGAUUACGAUUCCCCAAGCUUUCAAGCACACACUGGUUCGCUCGAUGUAGAAUCGUCAUCUGUUCAGGUAGAUGAACUAACAUUUAAUAUGGAAGACAGUUUUACUGGGAGGAGUUCAGAACCAUAUGCUGAAGAUUUGCUUUUGGGUGCACAAUUGCGACACAAGAUAUUCUAUGAUGAUUUUGUUGUUAAGGCUUUUUAUGAAGCUGAGAAAGCUCAUAGGGGGCAGAUGCGAGCAAGUGGCGAUCCUUAUUUACAACAUUGCGUGGAAACGGCAGUUUUGCUUGCAAUGAUUGGUGCAAACUCCACAGUAGUUGCUGCAGGGCUUUUACAUGACACACUUGAUGAUUCUUUUAUAAGUUAUGAUUAUAUUUUCAGAACAUUUGGAGCUGGGGUUGCUGAUUUGGUUGAAGGGGUGUCUAAGCUAAGUCAAUUGAGUAAGCUUGCACGUGAAAAUGAUACAGCAUGUAAAACUGUUGAGGCGGAUCGCCUACACACCAUGUUCCUUGCGAUGGCGGAUGCCCGGGCUGUCCUUAUAAAACUGGCUGAUCGAUUACAUAAUAUGAUGACACUAGAUGCAUUACCUCUGGCCAAGCAACAGAGGUUUGCUAGAGAAACUUUGGAGAUAUUUGCUCCUUUGGCCAAUCGUUUAGGGAUUUCUAGUUGGAAAGAGAAGCUAGAAAACCUUUGCUUCAAACAUCUCAACCCAGAUCAGCACAGAGAACUCUCCUCUAGACUUGUGCAGUCUUCUGAUGAGGCGAUGAUUACAUCUUCUGUAGAGAAGCUAGAGCGUGCACUUAACGAUGGAGAUGUUUCUUACCAUGUCUUGUCAGGGCGGCACAAAAGCUUGUAUAGCAUCUACUGCAAAAUGUUAAAAAAAAAGCUAACCAUGGAUGAAAUCCAUGAUAUUCAUGGGCUACGGUUGAUAGUUGAAAAUGAGGAAGACUGUUAUAAAGCGUUGGGAGCUGUUCACCAGUUAUGGUCUGAAGUACCUGGGAAGUUCAAGGACUACAUAAAUCAUCCGAAGUUUAAUGGGUACCAGUCUCUACACACAGUAGUGAUGGCCGAGGGUAUGGUUCCACUUGAAGUUCAGAUUCGAACAAAGGAGAUGCAUUUACAAGCUGAGUUUGGAUUUGCAGCUCAUUGGAGAUACAAGGAAGGUGACUGUAAACACUCUUCUUUUGUGCUUCAGAUGGUUGAGUGGGCCCGAUGGGUUGUCACCUGGCAGUGCGAGACAAUGAGCAAAGACCAUUUGUCCAUUGGCCGUGCGGAUUCCAUCAAGCCACCAUGUAAAUUCCCUUCUCAUUCUGAAGAUUGCCCAUAUUCGUAUAAACCUCUCUGUGGAAUGGAGGGACCUGUCUUUGUCAUCAUGCUGGAAAAUGAUAAGAUGUCAGUGCAAGAAUUCCCAGCGAACUCAACCGUGCUGGAUCUGCUAGAAAGAACCGGUCGUGGAAGCUCUAGAUGGACUCCAUAUGGAUUUCCCUUGAAGGAAGAACUUAGGCCAAGGCUGAAUCACGAGGCCGUGGAUGAUCCCACCUGCAAGCUGAAAAUGGGGGAUGUGGUGGAGCUAACCCCAGCCAUACCUGACAAGUCAUUGACGGAGUACAGGGAAGAGAUACAGCGCAUGUAUUAUCGAGGCCUCACUGUAUCUGGCACUGGGUCUGCUUCUAGUAGCAUAGCUGGCUGGAGAAGUUGACCCUUGCACCAUACUUGUAUAUAAAUAUCAAGCAUUUGUAUAGAACAGCUGUGCUGUGUGGCUCUGGAAUUAAGAACAAUGACACAACUGUAUUCUCAACAAAGAGCCAAAAGUUGAAUUUAAUGGUAGAGGUGUUCGCAUAGCAUUGGUUUGGUUA